CAUAUAUAAAGUAUUAAUUAAAAUAUUAUCUAAUAAGAGAAACCCAAAUCGUUUGAGUCGCGUAACCCAAAUCUCUGAACCUCGAAACCACGAUUCUUGUAUCAGUGACUUCAAGCUUCUAGCCCUAGUUGCUGUCACCAAUUUUCUCUCAUCUGAGUGAAUCGUCAAAUGGGUUGGAAAGCUGCUGAAAAACUCAUUAGGCACUGGAAAGUUGUCAGAGGGGAUAAUGUUAUGAUAAUAAGAGGCAAAGAUAAGGGUGAGACUGGGACUAUUAAGCGUGUUAUUCGCUCUCAGAAUCGUGUCAUUGUUGAGGGUAAAAAUCUGGUGAAGAAGCAUAUUAAGCAAGGGCAAGGUCAUGAAGGGGGAAUCUUUGCAGUCGAAGCCCCACUCCAUGCCUCCAACGUGCAAGUUCUUGACCCAGUAACGGGGAAGCCUUGCAAAGUUGGAGUUAAAUAUCUUGAAGAUGGUACUAAAGUCAGAGUAUCGAGAGGAAUAGGAGCAUCUGGGUCUAUAAUCCCUCGUCCUGAGAUCUUAAAGAUACGAACUACCCCAAGACCUACUGUCCUUGGUCCUAAAGAUACUCCAAUGGAUCUUGUGCUAGAGAAGACUUACGAUGCUAAAACAGGAAGGGGAAUGCCUGAGCUUUAAGGAUAUUAUGUACCUUAUUCAAAUUAGUGAGUUGCUAUCACGAUGAAAAAGAUAUGGAAAGAGUUUGUCACAUGUUUUGUUUACCGUGAUUUUGUGGAAUUGCUUUCAAAUUUUACUGGUUUAGCCUGUGAUUUACUGAUAGCUAAAAACCAUUAAUAAUUAUUUUAUUCUUUUCUAUUCAAUGGAUGUUAGCUUUUCUAAGGAUAGUCACAUAACUUUCACUCCACAAUUGUUAAAGUGAGUGAAACAAAGAAUCCCUUUGAUAGUUAUGGUUAUAGUGAGUGAAAUUAAUUGAUUCCAUCCA